AUGUUUCCUGAUCUAAGGCCUAGUUUAGCUGCUUCUGUCGAUAAUUUGCCAAGUUUAGAGACUAGGAAGGAGCAGUUGAUGGUCGAUGGGGUCAAGGAUUUUGGUGAUGAUUGUAUGGUGAGUAAUACUAGUUUACUACCUUUACGAGAAUAUUAUUUCCUUGAAGAUGACGUUGAAUUACAAAACUUGCAUAUGUCGCCUAUAGCAAGUAAACAUCAGGCCAUGGAUGAUGUCAACUCAUCAAAUGAUACAGGUCCCUUGAUUUUUCCUGGUGAUGGUAUGGAAGUUGAUGAGUGUUUAAGUAUAGUUCAUCUUCUCAAAGCUUAUGGAGAGGCUAUGGAUAUUGAGAUGAGAGAGUUAGCAGAAGAGAUUACGAUGAGACUAAAAGAGAAGGGGUACCCUACCGGUUCAACACUGCAACGUCUUGCUUAUUAUUUGGUCCAAGCAUUGGACAAGCAAGUGAGCUUUCUGAGGGAAGAGGCAAUGAUAAAUUAUGAGAUUGCUUUUAGUGCUUUUUAUCAGGUAUUUCCUUAUGGGAGAUUUGCUCACUUUACUGCUAAUUCUGUAAUUCUGGAAGCUAUUCCUGAGGAUGCUGAGAUGGUGCAUAUAGUUGAUUUUGACAUUGGAAAAGGUGUCCAAUGGCCUCCAAUUAUUGAGGCACUUGCCAUUCAAGGUGGCCAAAGAGUAGAGGUGAGAUUCACUUCAAUAAAAUGGGAGCAGGAGGAAGAGGAUCCUCCUUUGCAGAGCUUCGAAGAGACACAAAUGUUGCUGCAUGAACAUGCAAGACAUUAUGGUCUGAGAUUGAAGGUGGAAGAGAAGGAUUUGGUAUCCUUGGAUAGUGAAAUGAAGAAGACAAAGAAAAUAGGUGAAGGAAAUUACGAGUGGUUAGCGUUCAAUUGCAUGGUGGGUCUCCCUCACAUGGAGGAAAGAAGGAAUGUGAGGAGUGUUAUAGAGUUUCUAAAGUUGGCUAAGGAUUCAAUCAGAGUUAAAGGUGGUGGAGGCACUAUAACUUUUGGGGAUGGAAUUGGAUGGGGCAAAGGGCUGCAAGGUUGGCCUGGUUAUGGGAAUAUUUUCGAAGGGCAGUUGGGUCAGUUCAAAACCUUGUUGGAAUCAAUGGAUAACCAAUUACCUCAUCAUCUUAGAGAAGCAAAAAUAGCUAUUGAAUGUUUGUUUCUGAUACCCUAUGUUUCUUCUCUUAUUGACAUGCAAAUGUGGAAGGAAAUUUACAGGGAAAGUAGGGCACUUUCAGAAGUGGGAUUGGAGCCCUGGAGUAUGAGAAAUGAUAAUGUUUUGGAGGCUAAGGAAUUGGUAAGAGAAGGCGAGAGCUCUUACUGGGUAAGGAUUGAAGGAGUGAAGCAGAAUCAAAUGGUAUUAGGCUAUAGGGGAACUCCGUUAGUAAAAGUUUCUAGUUGGAGAUGA